AUGCGCGUUGGGCGGUCCGUUCGGCAGGACACCAUCGCCUGCGCUCGGCACUCAAAAAAUCAGGAGAGUAGUCUUAUAUCCGUUGAGAACCUCCUUCAAAUUUUGCAACAUGCCGCCAUAGCAGAAGACACCAACAAUCCGUGUGGCGUUCGUCACCGAGUAGAGGAUCCAACGCCGGUGGGAACGAAACGUGCCCGUUCGCCUGAUGAUGAACACCAAGAACCUCCGACCAAACGCCAGAAACCUUCCGAGCCAAGCUUGGACGGGUCGUUGACGCCAGAACCUGAAGACACAGAGCGGCAUCCAGAGCCAGAACCGGAACCGGCCCGGUUUCCUGUGUGGCGUAACACGUUCUCCGUCCAGAGCCUUCUCUGCCUUCCCGAGCAACAAAAGCUGCCAGAAACACAGAAACGGACUCGAGCCUCCGCACGCAAAUCCCAAGCCGCUGCUGCCGCUGUCAGCUGCUGCGAGCGGGAGACAAAAUUGCGCGACUGGCUCGUGGAGCACUCACGGGAUGUGCCGACUCGUUAUGACCUCGGACCUGUCGUUUUCGCCGUCAAGGAAGACGGCUCCGGGCUCUCUGCAAAUACCGAGGACGAAGAAGUUCGCCACAUUGUCGAUCUCGACAACCUAGAAGAAGACCCCACGUUUGACCCGGACGCGUAUGGGCUCAGACCCUCUAACAAAGCUGUUGGCGGCCUCCUCGGCGAGCUGAGCAAGGCCAUCAAGACUCACCGGGCUGAGCGAGCAGGCCGUUUCUACCUUGUCGUCCCUCCUUCUCUUGCCUCGUCGAAUGAGGACAAUACCUUGCAGUUCGAACUUGAGGUGGAGGUUAUCCUGUCCCUCAUUCCCGAUGCGAUCCCGCCGGACAGGAACGCUUACCGAGUACGGCCUAUGGACAUCGACGAGCCCAUGCGGCCCUUUGUCACCCGUUUCUUCCAUAAACCGGGUCGCCCCGCAGCCUACGAUGAUCGAACGAGCAUCUCGUUCUUCUACUCGAUCCUCGGCGCCGCUCCGCCGCUCGCCAAACUCGAGCUCGAAGAGUCUCUUCAGCCGCCUGCGCUUUUACCUACGCUUCUACCUUUUCAGCGUCGCAGCGUCGCCUGGCUCCUUUCCCGCGAAGGCAAAGCUCUCGCGGCCGACGGAUCCAUCGUCGAGAGCGUUAACGACGACUCCCAGUUACCCCUCUUUUGGUCAAUGCUUGACUCCCCUGCAGGACCGGUCUACGCCAACCGUAUCACCGGGGAGCUUCUUACCUCUCGGCCUGAGUACACGCCGUGCCUCGGCGGGAUGCUUGCGGAAGAGCCCGGCCUCGGCAAGACGCUCGAGAGCAUCGCGCUCGUGCUGCUCAACCCGGCACCUCCGGAGCGGACGCCCGAGGUGGGCUACUGGGACGAGGAUGCGCGCUUGGAGGUGAAAGAAGUGCGGACGACGCUGAUCGUGACGCCGCCGUCGCUUGCCCAGCAGUGGAUCGAUGAGAUCAAGAGGCACGCGCCGUCGCUCAAGGUUAUGAUGUACGAGGGAUGGACGCACAAACCUACCAUCGUCAACGAUCCGGAUGCUGUCGUCGAGACUGAGAAGAAGGGGAAGAAGGGGAAGAAGCCGGCGAAGGCAGCUAAGAAGGGGAAAGGCAAGGGCAAAGCUGCCGCCGCCGAACCCGUGGAGGAUAGCCAGGCCGAGGGCUCAUCGAAGACCGGUUUAGCUUCUGAGGGCUUCAUCAACCUUGAUGCGAGCGAGGACGAGCUUAAGGAAUGGUGCCAUUUCGCACACAAGUUCGACGUUGUGAUCACGACGUACCCCGUCUUCCAGAAAGACCUUAACGUUGCACAGGCCCCGUACGAGCGUCCUCGGCGCAUCACCGCGAGUUACGGCGAGUAUGAGCAGCCCGAACGCCCAAGGAGUCCGCUCGUCAAGUGUGAGUGGUACCGCGUCCUCAUGGAUGAAGUCCAGAUGAUUGGCGGAGGGAGGGCAGAGGAAAUGGUGUCCCUCAUCCCUCGUCGGUCCUCAUGGGCUGUAUCAGGUACCCCUGCGCGCUCGCGCGUUGGCGAUCUGAUGCAUUCGCUAAGGUUCCUCCGCGUCCCGGAAGUAUCAUCUAAGCAGGUGUGGAACCGAUUGCUGAAGCCGGGAUAUGUCAACGAUUUCGUCACGCUCUUCCGCAAAUACGCGAUCAGGACAACGAAGUCAAGCGUGAAGAACGAGCUGACUAUACCACAGCAGACUCGAUACCUUGUCCCGAUCAACCUUGGAUCCAUCGAGCAACAUGUCUAUGAUCAGAAUUACCAAGAAGCCCUUGACGCAUUGGGAUUCGAUGCCCGCGGCGUUGCGCUUGCCGAAGGCUGGGAGGUCGACGCGACCCUUCUCCGGACGUGGCUCCGUAAGUUGCGUGGGAUAGCCACGCAUCCGCAAGUUGGUCAGCUGCACGUCGUUGGCGACAAGUUGAACCAGCCUGGCGUCCUGAAGACCAUGACGGAGGUCUUGGAGAAUAUGCGCGAUCUCAAUUGGCGGGAAACCAUGGAUGAGCGCAAAAAGAAGGCACCCGUUCGCUAUGCGCGGCUCAUCCAAGAAGCAGACAACCGACAGCGGUACCAGACCGCCCUCGAAACAUUGGUGCAGGCUGAGCAGGAUGCAAAGGCACUCGUCGACGACAUAGAAGCUGCCAUAUCCCAGCACGAUGCCGCAGGGGAAAAACUCAAGCAGGAGGCCGCGGCUUUGAGGGAGGUUCGCGGACAGAAACUCCCGGAGGAGCCGAGUAAAAAGGGCAAAGGCAAGGGCAAAGACAGGGACAGGGAACAUGAAACAGAGUCCGAAAUCGACGGCUCGAUAUACGAAGGCCUCCCGAAGACGCCAGCAGGCGAGGCGCACGCCGCCAAACGUCGAGGCAUGGUCGCUAGGCUGAGGGAAUGUCGCCUCUCGCUGCAUCGCGUCAAAUUUUUGCAGGGCGACGUCUACCAUAUCCUCGGCGAGGCCCAGUCAACGCAGGAAGAUGCGGCGUACAAGGCGGCCGAGGAGCUCCGAAAGCUUCUGCUGAAGACGACCGAAGAGCGCGCUCUAAAAGCUAUGGAAGAGCUGGCUGAAGAGGAUGACGAUAUCAGCGAAAAAGAUUUGAUGCUCGACGUACCGUACUUCGGAAAGGGAGGCAUCCGAUCUGCGGAGUUGCUGGAGGAAGGCAAUGCGUUGGUUGAAGAUGUCCUGAACAAGCAGGCCGCGCUGAUGUGGGAGUGGCGGACGAAAAUCCGUACGCUGCUGACCCAGAACCUGCUAAGCGGAGACGAGACAACCGGAGAGGAAUACAGCAAAUCACUCGAUACCCAGCGCGAAGUCGAGUGCUACCUCCAAGCUUACUCGAACCUGCUCAGCGAUCGCAGAGAGCUGCUGUAUAACGAGCGCACCACCCUCGCCGCGCAUCAGGGACGAGGAAAGCCGAAGCGCAAGACGAAGGCGGCGCGUCAGGCCGAGGAGGCUCGUGCCGCCCUCCAAACGCUCGAGUCCAUGGGACUGCAGGCCGAAGACGAAGCGCUACAGCUCAAGCUCGAGCAAGAACGGGAAGACGUGAAGCUCGCUGCUAAUGGCCGAGCACUCAAAUCGAUCCACAUUGAGCUCGGGGGCGUCCUGACGCGUAUCACCAGGGACCAGGACCCCGAACAGGUUAUCGUGAAGAAUGCAAUUAACGCCACCCGCCGAUUGAUGUCCGCCCAGGAGGAGCUCUUGGGUAAGCUCGACGCGGACCUUGCGGUGUACAGGAGGACGUUCAACGAGCGUAUCCUUUACUUCCGACAAUUGCAGGAAAUAUCCGAUUCGGUUGUCGAUGUUGAAUGGGAAGGGCCGCUGGCCGAAGCUAUACAAAUAUGUCAGGAGGAGCAGAUGCGCGCAGACACGAAGGUGAAAGCUGGACGUGCCCGCCAACGUUACCUCGAUCACCUGGCGCAGGACCAAGCGUCCGGAGACCGCGAUCCGGAAGACAACACGUGCAUCCUUUGCAGCUGCGACUUUACGCGAGGUUUUAUGACGCAUUGUGCGCAUAUAUUCUGCGAGGAUUGCAUGCAGCUCUGGCUUACUCGGAAAGACAGCAACCAAUGCCCUGUUUGUCGCGUGAGCAUCAACGCCUCGGAAUUAGAACCCUUCUUGCUUGGAGGGGCGCCCGAGGAGACCUCAGACCCGAAGGCGGAUGCGGUUCCGUCGCCGCCCGAACCGGUACCCGUCUCGCGGCGCAAGAUCGAGUACAACAUGAUUGACCCGACGCUGCUGGACGUGAUCAACUCGGUUGAGGCGCUGGGGAGCUACGGAUCGAAGAUCCAGACGCUCGUGCGGCACCUGCACUACGUGCAGCUUACCGAUCCGGGAGCGAAGAGCAUCGUAUUCUCGGCGUGGGCCGACUCUUUAUCCAUCUUGCAGCACGCGUUGAAGCAUAAUGGCAUCCGCUGCCUGCGCAUAGACCAGGCGAACGGCAGCAAGACCGCGAUGAAGAAGUUCACGACCGACCCGGAGAUCCUCGUUCUCCUCUUGCACGGAGAACGCGAAAACGCUGGGCUGAACGUCACCUGCGCGUCGCGCGUGUUCUUGCUUGAGAGUGUCGUGAAUCACUCGUUCGAGAUCCAAGCUAUUGCCCGCAUCGACCGUAUGGGUCAAACCAGGGCUACCGAAGUGUAUUGCUACUACGCCGAAAAGACCGUAGAGAAGAACAUCCUCGACCUCGCCGCGCGCCGCGGGCUCUCGCUCUACACGAAGGAAAACGCGCGCGGGACGCUGGACGUGACGCCGCUCGCGAACGCGGCGGUGAAGGAGGCCGAGUCGCUCACGCUCGCCAAGCGGGCGAACAAGCCGAAGGGCGGGCAGAAGGGCGAUUUCGUGUUCAGCGUGGACGACAUGCUAGCGAUCUUCUUCCCGCAUAUGUUCGAGGAGAUCGAGUUUUUGUUGCCGGAGGAGGACCUGGAGACGCAGUCGCCGACUCGGUCCCAGUCCCAAUCACAGUUCCAGUCCCAGUCUCAAGCUGGACCCAGCGGAAGUGGGCAGGGGAACGCGGUUGCGGGACCGUCUAGACUCGGAUGA